AUGUGCUAUCUAUCUAUCUAUCUAUCUAUCUAUCUAUUUAUCUAUCUAUCACAGUCUGUUCAUAUCUAUCUAUCUAUCUAUCUAUCUAUCUAUCUAUCUAUCUAUCUCAGACUGUUCACAUCUAUCUAUCUAUGUAUAUUGGUCUGUACUCAUCUAUCUAACUAUUUAUCUAUAUAUCUUGGUCUCUUCACAUCUAUCUAUCUAUCUAUCUAUCUAUCGAUCGAUCGAUCGAUCGAUCGAACUCCCCUGAUCUCUUCAUAUCUAUCUAUCUAUAUCUAUCUAUCUAUCUAUCUAUCGAUCGAUCGAUCAUCUCCUGGUCUCUUCAUAUCUAUCUAUCUAUCUAUCUAUCUAUCUAUCUAUCUAUCUAUCUAUUGCUUUAUUUUAUUUUUUUUACAGAUAUAUUUAUUUUUUCCAUAUCUAAAUCAAGCCGUGCCACGUGUCAUAUCUAUCCUCCCCCACCUCCAAGCGCCUCCUCUGCCCCGCCACUUCGUCCGUCGCCUCUGA